CGUCAAUUCUUGCGUACAUAGAUAGCUAAGAGGGUGCUGUUGUGCUUUGAGAUGUAAAAGAGGGGUCGCAUCACCUAGAGAGCGGACUGGCGUACCUGCAACAUCGACAACUUCAACAUCCUCAACCCUUCGUAGACAUUCAUCAUGGCUUCAGAACCCGAACCAUACACGAUAUCAGUGCUCGAAUCGGCAAUCGAAAAGCUCAAACGAAAGCUAUCAGAUGCCGAUUUCCCAGAUGAAUUAGACACACCCGACCAAUGGCCCUACGGCUCACCCCUCCCCGACAUCAAGCGUCUAGCAAAACACUGGGAAACGAAUUUCUCCUGGAGGGAUGCCGAAUCCAAGAUGAACGAGCUACCCAACUACCGCAAAAAAGUCCAGGUUGACGGUUUCGGCCAAAUCGAUAUCCACUUCGUGCACAAGAGAAGUUCAAACCCCAACGCCAUACCCCUCCUCUUCAGCCACGGCUGGCCAGGCUCCUUCCUCGAAGUCACAAAAUUACUUCCACUCCUCGAAGCUGGCGAGAAGGAGGGUAAACCUGCAUUCCAUGUCGUCGCGCCAUCUUUGCCGAACUUUGGGUUUAGCCAGAGGAUUAGCAAGCCUGGCUUUGCUUUGUCGCAAUAUGCAGAGACGUGCCAUAGGUUGAUGCAGGACCUUGGGUACGAGAAAUACGUUACGCAGGGUGGCGAUUGGGGUUUUUGGAUCACGAGAUCGAUGGGUAUACUGUAUUCGGACUAUGUCCUGGCUAGUCACAUCAAUAUGGUGCGCGCGCAAGCACCGACGUUUACAUCGCAGCCUGCACUUGCACUGCAGCACGCUAUCACUCCCUACACUGAAGCUGAGAGCAAAGGGAUCGAGCGCUCAGAAUGGUUCCUCACCGAGGGCCAAGCGUAUCGACAGUUGCAAUCUACUAAGCCACAGACGCUUUCUUACGCAUUCGCGGACAGUCCUAUUGCCUUGUUGGCAUGGAUCUACGAGAAGCUUAUCGAUUGGACGGAUGGCUAUCCCUGGACUGACGACGAAGUACUCACAUGGGUUAGUGUAUACUGGUUCAGUACUGCAGGGCCCAAUGCGCAUGUUAGGAUCUACUACGAAGCGCAACAUAAUCCUACGGAUCUGAUUCCGAAUCGAGAGCGGACGACGACGUGGAUUGAUCGUGUCAAGUUGGGUGUUGCGCACUUUCCCAAGGAGAUUACUGUUGUGCCGAGAGUAUGGGCGAAGACGUUAGGCCCUCUUGUUCAUGAGAGCGUCAACGAUAAGGGUGGGCAUUUUGCUGCGCAUGAGAGGCCGGAUGUAAUUGUUGCGGAUCUGCAGAAGAUGUUUGGGAAAGACGGGCCGUGUUACGGUAUUGUACCAGGGAAAUCGGGCUAUUGAUCUGGGAUUGUGGAUGGAAACAAUUUCGAUGGA